AUGGGCGGUCCGCCGAGGACCAAUAAACAACGAGGACACUGCGGGGUGUGCGGCGGCCCAAGCGGUUUCAAACGGCUUAGAGCAGGCCCCUCGGUUCUGACCCGGCGGAGGAAUUACUCUUAAUUCUGAGGAGAAACUGGAAGCACAAUGGGAGAUGACAGUGAGUGGAUGAAACUGCCGGUUGAUCAGAAAUGUGAACACAAGCUCUGGAAAGCAAGGUUAAGUGGAUAUGAAGAAGCCCUGAAGAUCUUCCAGAAAAUAAAGGAUGAAAAGAGCCCAGAAUGGUCCAAAUUUUUAGGACUGAUCAAAAAAUUUGUGACUGAUUCCAAUGCAGUGGUUCAGCUGAAAGGGUUAGAAGCUGCACUUGUGUAUGUUGAAAAUGCCCAUGUAGCAGGAAAAACCACAGGAGAAGUUGUGUCAGGUGUCGUAAGUAAAGUGUUCAACCAGCCCAAAGCCAAAGCCAAGGAGCUAGGCAUUGAGAUUUGUCUGAUGUACAUAGAGAUUGAGAAAGGAGAGGCUGUGCAAGAAGAGCUCCUAAAAGGCCUGGACAACAAGAACCCCAAGAUUGUAGUGGCCUGCAUAGAGACACUGAGGAAAGCCUUAAGUGAAUUUGGUUCCAAAAUCAUCUUGCUUAAGCCAAUUAUCAAAGUGUUGCCAAAACUCUUUGAGUCUCGAGAAAAGGCUGUUCGAGAUGAAGCAAAACUAAUUGCUGUGGAGAUUUACAGAUGGAUUCGGGACGCUCUGAGACCCCCAUUACAAAAUAUAAACUCUGUCCAGUUGAAAGAACUAGAAGAAGAAUGGGUCAAAUUGCCAACAGGUGCUCCUAAACCAAGUCGAUUUCUGCGUUCCCAGCAAGAACUAGAAGCGAAAUUGGAACAGCAACAGUCUGCUGGUGGCGAUGCUGAGGGAGGUGGUGAUGAUGGUGAUGAGGUGCCACAGAUAGAUGCUUAUGAGCUAUUGGAGGCAGUAGAAAUUCUUUCCAAACUUCCCAAAGACUUUUAUGACAAAAUUGAGGCAAAAAAAUGGCAAGAAAGAAAAGAAGCCCUGGAGGCUGUAGAAGUACUAGUGAAAAACCCCAAACUGGAAGCAGGCGAUUAUGCAGAUUUAGUAAAAGCAUUAAAGAAGGUUGUUGGAAAGGACACCAAUGUCAUGUUGGUGGCUUUGGCAGCAAAAUGUCUUACUGGCCUAGCUGUUGGACUAAGGAAGAAAUUUGGACAAUAUGCAGGACAUGUUGUGCCAACCAUUUUGGAAAAAUUCAAAGAGAAGAAGCCUCAGGUGGUGCAAGCCCUGCAGGAGGCAAUUGAUGCAAUCUUCCUUACUACCACACUACAGAACAUCAGUGAGGAUGUUUUAGCAGUAAUGGAUAAUAAAAAUCCAACCAUCAAGCAGCAGACAUCUCUUUUCAUUGCCAGAAGCUUCCGCCACUGCACUGCUUCUACACUCCCAAAGAGCUUGCUAAAGCCCUUUUGUGCUGCUCUACUUAAGCACAUCAAUGAUUCUGCUCCUGAAGUCAGAGAUGCUGCAUUUGAAGCACUGGGCACUGCUUUGAAAGUGGUGGGUGAGAAAGCAGUAAAUCCAUUCUUAGCUGAUGUGGACAAACUCAAGCUUGAUAAGAUCAAAGAAUGUUCAGAAAAAGUAGAGCUGGUACAUGGUAAGAAAGCUGGACUUGCAGCAGACAAGAAGGAAUUCAAGCCUGCUCCUGGAAGGACUGCUGCCUCAGGGGCUGCAGGAGAUAAGGACACAAAGGACAUUUCAGCACCCAAACCAGGACCCUCAAAAAAGGCACCUGCUACUAAGGCUGGUGGGCCACCUAAGAAGGGGAAGCCAGCUGUGUCAGGAGGUGCAGGGGGCACUGGAACCAAGAAUAAGAAAGGACUGGAAACCAAAGAAAUCGUGGAGCCUGAGCUUUCGAUAGAAGUAUGUGAAGAAAAAGCUUCAGCUGUCCUUCCUGCUACCUGUAUACAGCUUCUAGACAGCAGUAACUGGAAGGAAAGGCUGGCUUGUAUGGAGGAGUUCCAGAAGGCUGUUGAACUAAUGGAUCGAACUGAAAUGCCAUGCCAGGCAUUAGUGAGGAUGCUGGCCAAGAAACCUGGAUGGAAGGAAACCAAUUUUCAGGUGAUGCAGAUGAAGCUUCACAUAGUUGCUUUGAUUGCCCAGAAAGGGAAUUUUUCCAAAACUUCAGCUCAGAUUGUCUUGGAUGGCCUUGUGGACAAGAUUGGAGACGUAAAGUGUGGGAACAAUGCAAAAGAAGCUAUGACAGCAAUAGCCGAAGCUUGCAUGUUACCGUGGACAGCUGAACAGGUUAUGUCAAUGGCUUUCUCACAGAAGAAUCCCAAGAAUCAAUCAGAAACUCUGAAUUGGCUAUCAAAUGCAAUAAAAGAAUUUGGUUUUUCUGGGCUGAAUGUGAAAGCUUUCAUUAGCAAUGUGAAGACAGCUCUUGCUGCAACAAACCCAGCUGUGAGGACUUCCGCCAUCACCCUACUUGGUGUGAUGUAUCUGUAUGUUGGCCCCUCUUUGCGAAUGUUCUUUGAAGAUGAGAAGCCUGCCCUCCUAUCCCAGAUAGAUGCAGAAUUUGAGAAGAUGCAGGGACAGAGCCCACCUGCUCCAACCAGAGGGAUUUCCAAACACAGCAUAAGUGGUACAGAUGAAGGAGAAGAUGGAGAUGAACCAGAUGAGGGGGGCAAUGAUGUUGUGGAUCUUUUGCCGAGGACAGAAAUCAGUGAUAAAAUCACCUCAGAGUUGGUGUCUAAGAUUGGUGACAAGAAUUGGAAGAUCAGGAAAGAAGGUCUAGAUGAAGUGGCAGGUAUUAUCAAUGAAGCCAAAUUUAUCCAACCGAAUAUAGGUGAACUGCCAACUGCCUUGAAGGGUCGACUCAAUGAUUCAAAUAAAAUCUUGGUGCAGCAAACAUUGAAUAUCCUCCAGCAGCUGGCCGUAGCAAUGGGCCCAAAUAUCAAGCAACAUGUGAAGAACUUAGGCAUCCCUAUCAUCACAGUCCUUGGAGACAGCAAGAACAAUGUUCGGGCGGCUGCCCUAGCGACUGUGAAUGCUUGGGCAGAACAGACAGGCAUGAAGGAAUGGCUGGAGGGAGAAGAUCUUUCUGAAGAACUCAAAAAGGAAAAUCCUUUCUUGAGGCAAGAGCUUCUGGGCUGGUUGGCUGAGAAACUGCCGAGUCUUCGUUCCACCCCCACUGACCUCAUCCUUUGUGUUCCUCAUCUCUACUCCUGCCUGGAGGACCGUAAUGGAGAUGUGCGGAAGAAGGCCCAAGAUGCCUUGCCAUUCUUCAUGAUGCACUUGGGAUAUGAGAAAAUGGCCAAGGCCACUGGGAAACUAAAGCCAACUUCUAAAGAUCAGGUACUGGCCAUGCUAGAGAAAGCCAAAGCUAACAUGCCAGCCAAGCCUGCUGCAUCUGCUAAAGCAGCUUCCAAACCGAUGGGAGGGUCAGCUCCAGCCAAAUUCCAGCCAGCUUCAGCACCUGUUGAAGAUUCUGUUUCCAGCACUGUAGAACCCAAGCCUGAUCCAAAAAAGGCCAAAGCUCUAGGAGUUUCUUCUAAGGCAAAGAGUGCACAAGGAAAGAAAGUGCCCAGCAAAACCAGCUUAAAGGAAGAUGAAGACAAAUCUGGUCCUAUCUUCAUUGUUGUUCCAAAUGGAAAGGAGCAAAGAAUGAAAGAUGAAAAAGGAUUAAAGGUGCUGAAGUGGAAUUUUACUACUCCACGGGAUGAAUACAUUGAGCAACUAAAGACUCAGAUGUCUAGCUGUGUGGCUAAGUGGCUACAAGAUGAGAUGUUUCACUCAGACUUUCAGCAUCAUAACAAAGCCCUUGCUGUCAUGGUUGAUCACUUGGAGAGUGAAAAAGAGGGUGUAAUUGGUUGCCUGGAUCUCAUCUUAAAGUGGCUUACCCUGCGGUUUUUUGACACCAAUACAAGCGUCCUAAUGAAAGCCCUAGAAUAUUUAAAAUUGCUCUUCACACUGCUAAGUGAGGAGGAAUAUCAUCUGACUGAGAACGAAGCAUCUUCCUUCAUCCCUUAUCUCAUCCUCAAGGUUGGAGAACCAAAGGAUGUCAUUCGUAAAGAUGUCCGUGCCAUCCUGAACCGGAUGUGCCUUGUCUACCCAGCCAGCAAGAUGUUCCCCUUCAUCAUGGAAGGAACCAAAUCCAAAAACUCUAAGCAAAGAGCAGAGUGCCUGGAAGAACUGGGGUGUCUGGUCGAGUCCUAUGGCAUGAAUGUUUGCCAACCAACCCCAGGGAAAGCCUUAAAGGAGAUAGCAAUUCACAUCGGAGACCGUGACAACGCUGUGCGCAAUGCUGCCCUCAAUACCAUCGUCACCGUGUACAAUGUACACGGGGAUCAGGUGUUCAAACUGAUUGGAACUCUUUCUGAAAAGGAUAUGAGCAUGCUCGAGGAGAGGAUUAAGCGGUCAGCAAAGAGGCCUUCUGCUGCACCAAUAAAACAGGUGGAAGAGAGACCUCAGCGCACACAGAGCAUAAACUCCAAUGCCAACAUGCUGCGCAAGGGACCAGCUGAGGACAUGUCCUCCAAACUCAAAAUUAUGUAUCGCACUUAUAGGAUCCAAGCCCGAAGCAUGAGUGGGCAUCCUGAGGCAGCCCAGAUGGUUCGCCGAGAAUUCCAGCUGGAUCUAGAUGAGAUUGAGAAUGACAAUGGUACAGUUCGAUGUGAAAUGCCAGAGCUUGUUCAGCACAAACUAGAUGACAUUUUUGAACCCGUCCUUAUUCCUGAACCCAAAAUCCGGGCUGUUUCUCCACACUUUGAUGACAUGCACAGUAAUACAGCAUCCACAAUCAAUUUCAUUAUCUCCCAAGUAGCCAGUGGUGACAUCAACACAAGCAUCCAAGCUCUGACACAGAUCGAUGAGGUCCUGAGACAGGAAGACAAAGCUGAAGCCAUGUCUGGCCAUAUUGAUCAGUUUCUGAUAGCCACGUUCAUGCAGCUAAGACUCAUCUACAACACACAUAUGGCAGAUGAGAAAUUGGAGAAAGAUGAGAUCAUCAAGCUUUAUAGCUGUAUCAUUGGCAACAUGAUUUCGCUGUUUCAGAUAGAAAGCCUUGCCCGGGAGGCCUCCACUGGAGUACUGAAAGACCUGAUGCAUGGCCUCAUCACCUUAAUGCUGGACUCUAGGAUUGAAGACCUAGAGGAAGGACAACAGGUGAUCCGCUCUGUGAACCUCUUGGUGGUGAAGGUUCUGGAGAAGUCAGACCAGACCAACAUCCUGAGUGCCCUACUUGUUUUGCUCCAAGACAGCCUGCUAGCAACAGCCAGUUCUCCCAAAUUCUCAGAGCUUGUUAUGAAGUGUCUCUGGAGAAUGGUUCGACUCUUGCCUGAUACCAUCAACAGCAUUAAUCUGGACAGAAUUCUUCUGGACAUACAUAUUUUCAUGAAGGUCUUCCCCAAAGAGAAACUGAAGCAAUGCAAAAGUGAAUUUCCCAUAAGGACCCUAAAGACGCUGCUGCACACUUUAUGCAAAUUAAAAGGGCCCAAGAUCCUAGACCACCUAACAAUGAUUGACAACAAGAACGAAUCUGAGCUGGAGGCCCACCUCUGCCGGAUGAUGAAGCACAGCAUGGACCAGACCGGGAGCAAGUCUGAUAAGGAAACAGAAAAGGGAGCAUCUCGAAUAGAUGAAAAAUCAUCAAAGGCCAAAGUGAAUGAUUUCUUGGCUGAGAUUUUUAAGAAGAUUGGCUCUAAAGAGAACACCAAAGAGGGCCUAGCAGAGUUAUAUGAAUAUAAGAAGAAAUAUUCAGAUGCCGAUAUUGAACCAUUUCUGAAAAAUUCCUCCCAGUUCUUCCAGAGCUAUGUUGAAAGAGGCCUUCGGGUGAUUGAGAUGGAGAGAGAAGGCAAAGGCCGUAUUCCCUCAUCAACAGAUCCUUGUCCAGACACCAGUGUCUCAGUGAGACCUUCCUUAAAAUUUGUCAUCUACUCCCCACCCCUUGAUCAAGCAAACCACGGUAUGUCCAUAUGUAGACAUUCUGCUUAUUACACUUCAAGAAAAAACAUCUUAAGGUCUUGGAGAGGCAUAAUUUAAGGUGUUGAGAAGAAGAGAAAAAUAAUUUCAGAGAAUAUAACUGAAGCUUCAGCCUAGCAAGAUUCUUACGUGGUGAGAGAGAACAUGACUGGAAUCUGAAAACCACAAAGGAUGGCUUCUCAGCCUUUUGGCUAAGAUCAGGUGUGAAAACCACAAAGGAACACGGUUUUUCGGGCAAAUUUGGGAAUGUUAGAGGAGGAGUUUCAAGGAACUCACAGAGAACUAGAUGCAGGACAAAUGUGAGAGCUCUACUCUGCAUGGUGACAGAGAUCUGUCUUUUGGUGUAAUAAGGCCCUUGACAGCUCUUUUCUAUAACUGACACCUUCAAGGUCUUCCUUUGUCUCUAGAUCCUGUGAGCAGUAAUUUGCAGAUACUUUGGCUUUUCCACUGUGGGGAAGUAAUGUUUCAGCUUAACAUUCAGAGAAGCUUUCGUUCCUAUCACUCAGCAAGUACUGUUGUGUGUGCCAGGCAGCAAACAGAAGCCUCUGCUAGAAUUUCACAUCCACCAGAGUAGGGCGCCCGGUGGCUCAGUCGUUAAGCAUCUGACUUGGCUCAGGUCUUGAUCUCACAGUUGGUGAGCUCGAGCCCGGCUUUGGGUAUAAACACGAGCCUCGAAUGAGCCCCACUUCUCUGUCUCAAAUACGUAAACUAACAAAUAAAUAAUAGAUAAUAAAUUAAUAAAUAAUCCACAAGGGUAGAGACAGACGCCGAACAAUUAACCUAGUAGAUACUGUGUUAUGUCGGGUGUUGGAAGUGGUAAGCGGACAUACCGUAGUUUGCUUGAUCGAGGCAGAGCCCCCUUUUCUCACUCCCAAAGUCCUCUCUGGUGACAUCCAACAUUUGAUACUUUGGGCCUGAACAGCACAUUUGCAACAUACGUGCGUGUCCCCACUGAUGCCUGAGCGGUUUUGUGUGGAAAGCAUUCACACGUCCCUCACCGCUCUCACGUCCUUCGUUCACUCUCCGUCAGAGCAUUCUCCUCACGUUUACAUUAGGGAUUCCUAUUUUCCUAGAGGAAUCUUGUGUGCGACUCUUGGGUUUACCGUAAAGAAGUUUGUCGUCCCAGGACCUUAUCUUUUUGGUUUAGAUAAUGCAUCUUGUAACGCAUUAUCUUCGGGUGUUUUAAAUGCCUGCAUUUUGUUAUUGUUCCUUCUCGGGAAUUUAAGAACUGUGACAGAUUUUUUUGGUUUCUCCCCCUCUCCUGCCAGAAUAUUGCUCUCCACUCUGGGAGAUGCUCCCGUUCCUGUCCCUUCUUUGGGUGUUUGUAGGACACCUCCGUUUCCGCCUCUUCCCCUUGAAUACACUGUAGCCUUCAGCUCCUGCUCUCUCCCCCAGUUUGAAUAAGCACUUUCUCCUGUGUGUCACCUCGUCCAGACCUCGUCUAAUCGUUGCCAACAUUUAAAAUCCUUAGGUUCCUCGGCUGGACACUUCCCGUAGCCCCAGCAGUGGCGUGGGCCUUUUGGAUGGCCCAGGUCGGCAUAGGGUCACAAGAUCCAACCCCUGCAUAUCCCAGAUGUAGAUGGCCGGCCCAACUGACAGUCUGCUCUUCUCUGUUGACUCCUGAAGCUCUCGCUCAGCUUAUCUUGUGUAUUUCAGAGCACCCUUUAUCACCAACUCCAGAUGGACUCUUCUGGAUUUUUCAGUCUUUAUAAUGGCGAUAUCUAGGUCCCAAAUCGUUCCCUGUGGUGGCAGAUCAACCAGGCCAGUCUAGA